AUGCAGACGUUCACCCUCCUGGUCCUGGGGGCUCUUCUCACCCUGAUUGGGGCUGAGGAUGGCCUCCACUUCCCCUCCUAUGACGGCAAGGACCGCGUCCUGGAGCUGGCCGAGCGCAAUUACCGCCCCGUGAUGAAGAAAUACGACGUGUUCUGCCUGCUGAUCUGGGAGAGUCCGGCACCCGGAGACCGAACGGCGCAGAGACAGACCCACCUGACCGAGAUCGUGCUGGAGCUGGCUGCUCAGGUUCUGGAGAAGAAGGAUAUCGGGUUUGGAAUCCUCGACCCAAAGAACAAUGCCAAGAUCGCCAAGAAGCUGGGGACCACCGAGGUGGGCAGCCUCUACGUGUUCAAAGAGGACAACGUCAUUGAGUUUGAUGGGGAGCUGGCGGCUGAUGUUCUGGUGGACUUCCUGCUGGAUCUGAUUGAGGACCCCGUGGAGAACAUCAACAGUCGGGCGGAGCUGAAGGCCCUGGACCGCAUGGAGGAGGAGACCCGAGUGGUCGGAUACUUCAAGAAUGAGGACUCCCAACAUUACAAGGAGUAUGUAGAAGCCGCAGAACAUUUCCAUCCGUACAUCAAGUUCUUCUCAACGUUCGACAAGUCGGUGGCGAAGGCUCUGACGCUGAAGAUGAAUGAAGUGGACUUCUAUGAACCAUUCAUGGACGAAGCGAUCACCGUCCCGGAUAAGCCGUACACCGAGGAGGAGCUGGUGGACUUCAUCAACAAACACAAAAGGGCCACACUGAGGAAGCUAGACUGGGGACAUGUUCGAGACCUGGGAGGACGAUCUGGAUGGAAUCCAUAUUGUGGCCUUCGCAGAGGAGGAGGACCCAGAUGGCUAUGAAUUCAUCCAGAUCCUGAAGGAAGUGGCCAGAGAAAACACUGAGAACCCGGAACUCAGCAUCGUCUGGAUCGACCCCGAUGACUUCCCAUUGUUGGUGACGUAUUGGGAGAGGACUUUCCACAUUGACCUGUUCAGGCCUCAGAUCGGAGUUGUUAAUGUAACCGAUGGUUAUUUCCGUUCCUUCCUCUGGAGCACAACGGAUAUUGUUGUACGUGAUAAAUCCACACUUGGAGACUCCAGGGCGGAUAGCGUGUGGAUGGAUAUGGAAGAUGCAGAGGACCUUCCAGCACCAGCCGAACUUGAGCAGUGGAUUGAAGACGUGUUAUCUGGCAAGAUCAACACCGAGGAUGACGAUGAUGAUGACGACGAUGAUGAUGACGACGACGACUGGGAUGACGAUGACGACGACGACGAUGAGGAUGAUGACGAUGACGACGACGACGAUGGGGAUGAUGACGAUGAUGAUGAUUAG